AUAUGAGUAAAAUUAUUGAAUAAAAAUUUACAUAUAAUAUAUAAUUAAAUAAAUAAUUUAAUAAAUAAUUAUUUUUAUUUUUUAUUUUUUUAAAAAAAAAAAAAAAACUAUAUAUCAAUCCAAAUUUUUAAUACUACCUAUAUAUUUUUUAUAAAAUAAAAUGGAAAAUAGUAAUAAUAAUAAUAACACUACUACUACUACAACUACUACUACUACUACAUCAAAUAAAGAAAUUGAAAUUGAUGAAGAAGAUAAAUAUUUAGGUAUAUAUCAUUUGGAUAAAAAACAACUAAUUGAAACUAUUAGAGAGAUUAGGGAAGAAUUUUUCGAGUUGCAAGAUGACCAUGAUGAACUAGAAAAAAAAUAUAAAGAAAGAGUUAAAGAAAUUGAAUAUGAUAGAAAACUUUUAUCAGAAAGAGAAAACCUAUUGUUACAACUUCAAUGGGACCCACAAGAAGAUAAAUCAUUUAUAAUUCAAAUGGGUGCAUCGGAUAUAAACCAAGCAAAUGAAAAUAGAAUGAAGGCGAUGGUAGAUCAAAUGAGAGUAAUGGAAAAAGGAAUUAAUGAUCGUGAAGAUAGAAUAAAACAAUUGCAAAAAACAAUUGAACAAUUUACACUUAACCAACUUAGUAGUGGUGCCCAACCAACUGAAAUCGUUUACUCUCAAUUCAAUACAAUUGUACCAAACAACUCUAUGAAUAGCAGUAUUAAUAGUUCAAGCAAUCUCAGCAAUAGUGGAAAUAUAUUAAAGAGCAGCUUAUCUGGUGGCAACUCUACCCCUGUAUUGUCUAAAAUUCAAAACUACUCUGCCGAGUCUCCAUCUCCUUUCAGUCCUAUUUCAAAAUACCCUCUUUCAAAAGAAGCUACAGAAUCUAUAGAACAAACUGUUACCUUACCAUCUGAACAACCACAACCACAAGAACCAACUGCUGUGAAUAAAGCUGUAGAUAUUUUAAGAUCUACCUCAACUUACUUUACUAAUCUAUUUAGCUCAAACUCUAAUGAACCAAAUGGUGCAGGAAAUGAUGAAUAUGCUGACCUAGAUACCAAACCAUUUAUUGUUCCAUUAUCCCCAGAAGAAGUCAAAGCUUUAAAACAAAACAAAGUUCCUCUAUAUACAAAAGACCAAAUUAUAGAAAAACAACAACAACAACAACAACAAACUAGUAAAUAAUGUUCCACUAUCUUUUAUUUUUAAUAAUACAAAUAAAAAAAUAUAAUAUAACUUUUCCUUUUAAAUUAAACAU